UUCAGUUGCUGUUUGUGCACGUCGAUGAUCAAGCAUGAUUUUAAUUUGAUGUACAGGACGAUUCCGGAAAACUGAAAGAAGAAGAAUAGUACGAUUCUGGUGACCUGUUUCGCUCUUCUAAUUAAGCAACUGAGUUAAUGACACGGUUGCCGUAAUAUUAAGGUAAUGCACGAUAUUGUUGGUGUAUGAACAACUUGAAAAGGCUCAUAUGUGAGUGCUUCAGUGACAUGUGGAGUGAUUCUUCUGGAAGUGACUCUUUGGCUUGACUCCGGAUCGUCCCACCUGUGCAUCAUACCAGUCACAUCUGCUUUGAAAACUUAAAGCAUAGAAUUGUGCAUUAAGAUCUCAGUCUAAAAGGACACAGAUGCCUAGAUGGAGGACAUGUAUCAACAAGCAUUUUCAAUGGUCCAGCCCUGUAGCUCAAGGGCUGCUUUUGUGUGUUUUAACUUUUGGGGUGUUACUGCCUAUAUGCUGUCACCGUUUACUGUACUCAUAUUAUUUUUUAAAAAGUGUGUAUCUUGAUUCAUUGAGUGAUGCUGCUCUUGAAGAGAGCUAUAACAGAGGUCAGGAGGCCCUACUUUUCUGGGAGGGUGUGGACUCUAAAGAAAGCCCGAAGGACCCGACAGAAACGGUUGCUAAGGAACCAGAUCUCUUGGUAACUGUUGUGACAGCCAGGAGAAUGGAGGGGAGGGACUAUCACUACCUGUUGCAGGUCACUCAACGGCUUGCAUCACUCCUUAAGACUUGCGGUGAUAAACCAUGUGCUGAGGUAAUGCUUUGUGAUGUCGAAAGUGGGCCUUAUUUGAACGAGGAUGUCUGGCUUGUGGAGAAACAAUUCCUGGUUGUUCGACGCUCUCCAGAUGAGAGGACGAAGAUUAGAGAAGUUUCAAACAUCUUCGAAAAGGAGAAAAGAGAUUAUGUUUACUGCCUGAGGAAGGGAUGGGACCUUAUGAGGCCAAAAAACAUAGUUGUCCUGGAGGAUGAUGCACUGCCAGGGACAGAUUUUUUUCCAUUGAUUAAAAACUUACUCUCGCGGAAGUUUGCUCUCAACACUCUAUACGUGAAGCUGUACCACCCAGAACGUCUGCAGAGAUACUGGAAUCCAGAGCCGUAUCGCAUUCUGGAAUGGGUGGGACUUGGCAUGUUUGGUGCAACAAUCCUUCUCCUCAUAUUUUCCCACUGCACAUCUCUAUCUUUAACCCUGUCUUUUCCUCAUUUUCUCUUUCUCACUCUUUAUAUAAUGGCCAUGGUUGAGCUAGCAGGGAGGCACUAUCUCCUGGAGGUUAGACGCCUUUCACCCCAGCUGUAUGCUGUAUCACCUGCCACUGAAUGCUGCACCCCCGCUAUGCUCUUUCCAGGCAAUGCUUCCAUUCGAGCAGCAGAGUACCUGGAUCAGGUUGUCUGUGCUCAGGGUAAUGCAAAAGACAUGGUGCUGUACAAGAAAGUCAGAUCGACACCAGGAGAGAGGGCACAUAGUGUCGAACCCAAUGCGAUCAAGCAUAUCGGAGCGUACUCCUCCGUCAGGAUCAACCCCCUUCGACCCAAGUUAAUUUGAAAUCUGAAGGUUUUUAUUUAAGGAUUGUAUGAUAAUUGACUGAAUUUAGCACGUGCUCAUACAGAACUGCAGCAUAGUAACACAAAGCCUGAAUUAGGGCCUUUCAAGUAAACCCAAAGUAUACUUUAGUUUUGAUUCGAAUGCUUAAGCCCAAAUAAUAGCCCUUGGUUUUUUUUUUUUUUUUUCAUUUUCUCCCCAAUUUUGAAUGCCCAAUUCCCAAUGUGCUCUAAGUCCUCUUGGUGGCAUAGUGACUCACCUCAAUCCACGUGGCGGAGAACAAAUCUCAGUUGCCUCUGCAUCUGAGACCGUCAAUCCACACACAACUCACCAUGCGCCCCACAGAGAGCGAGAACCACACAUUACAGCGACCACUAGGUGGUUAGCUCAUGUGACUCAACCCUCCCUAGCAACCGGGCCAAUUGGUUGCUUAGGAGACCUGGCUGGAGUAACUCGGCAUGCCCUGGAUUCAAACUCACCACUCCUGGGGUGGUAGUCAGCGUCAAUACACGCUGGGCUACCCAGGCCCCCCAAUACUUGGCUUAAGCCCAAAGUAUUCUUCGGUUUUGAUGUGAGCGCUUCAGCCCGAAGUGUACUUUGGUUUGGUAUACUUCGGUUUUGAUGUGAAUGCUUAAGCCUGAAGUAUACUUCGGUUUUGACGUGAACGCUUAAGCCCAAAGUAUUCUUCGGUUUUGACGUGAACGCUUAAGCCCAAAGUAUACAUUGGUUUUGACGUGAACGCUUAAGUCCAAAGCAUACUUCGGUUUUGACGUGAACGCUUAAACCCAAAGAAUACUUCAGUUUUGACGUGAACGCUUAAGCCCAAAGUAUUCUUCGGUUUUGAUGUGAGCGCUUCAGCCCGAAGUGUACUUUGGUUUGGUAUACUUCGGUUUUGAUGUGAAUGCUUAAGCCUGAAGUAUACUUCGGUUUUGACGUGAACGCUUAAGCCCAAAGUAUACUUCGGUUUUGACGUGAACGCUUAAGCCCAAAGUAUACAUUGGUUUUGACGUGAACGCUUAAGUCCAAAGCAUACUUCGGUUUUGACGUGAACGCUUAAACCCAAAGAAUACUUCAGUUUUGACGUGAACGCUUAAGCCCAAAGAAUACUUCGGUUUUGACGUGAACGCUUAAGCCCAAAGAAUACUUCGGUUUUGAUGUGAACGCUUAAGCCCAAAGAAUACUUCGGUUUUGACGUGAACGCUUAAGCCCAAAGAAUACUUCGGUUUUGAUGUGAACGCUUAAGCCCAAAGAAUACUUCGGUUUUGACGUGAAUGCUUAAGCCUGAAGUAUACUUCGGUUUUGACGUGAACGCUUUAGUCCAAAGCAUACUUCGGUUUUGACGUGAACGCUUAAGCCCAAAGAAUACUUUGGUUUUGACGUGAACACUUAAGUCCAAAGUAUACUUCGGUUUUUGAUGUGAAUGCUUAAGCCCAAGAAUAAUUCGGUUUUGACGUGAACGCUUAGGCCCAAAGUAUACUUCGGUUUUGACGCGAAGGCCCGUGCACGGCCUAGAUUAUCUUGACACGGGAACCGUCCUUGUCUGUGCACUUCUGGCACGAUUCGUUUAAACUCUAACAAAACAAAUGUACGUUUUUACAUGCGGUUAGAAAAAUUAGGCCACACGCGGUUAGUGCUUAAGCACUCACAUCCUCAAUGCAGACGCCUAGCGUUCACAUCCAACUGAAGUAUAUUUUGGGCUUUUGUGUCUCUAAUUAAGAAAGCAUAUCUGACCCUUUUCCAUAUACUUUCAUUCAUUUGGAUAUCAAUAAAAAAACAGACUAGAUUAGUACGAUGAGCACUAUAAAGUUUCAUACAUGUGAUUCCUUGUUUGCUGCUGUUCCAGACACACAGCUGCUGCUAGAAGCUUUAAGAAUGUGGUGUGUUUCAAACAAAGAUGUUUGCUAAAUAAUGAAAUGUGGGCUCUUUUAAAAUCCACAGUGUUACAACUUUAUAUAUUUUAUAUUAAAUAAAGGUUUAUUGUUGUUAUAAGUAUUCUAUAUUCACAUUUGCUUCAGAUAUUCAUAUUUAACUAUUGAGUUUAUUUUACACACCAGAAAUACAAAUCUAGCAGUUUGAGCAUCCUUUAAGAUUAUCUUUGAAGAAAUCAAAGUUGGACAAUUGUCCAAAAACAUGAUCUGAAUUAUAGUUUGGAAGAUUUUUGCAAUCUGAUUGCCUCUAGAGUGCUGUUUGUCUUGUUGUAAGAUUUAUAAGAUAUCUUUUGUUUUAUUUUCAUCAUGACUAAAAUUAUAAAGAGAUGCUAAUCUAUUUAUUUUUAAGUA